GGCAGCACGCGGCGCUCAGUGUUUAUUCUCUCGUGCGCAUGUUUACUGGUUGUUAUUGCAUUUUUGCUGAACUCUUUUACAGACAAGCGGACGCUCGCGUUUUCUUUACAAAGACUGUCAUCUUGCUUUCGUCUGUUUUUACUUUUCCUUUUUAAGACCAAGUUCGUUAAGAAGGAUGGAUUUUCUGUGGUUGUUGUGCGUGCUGCUGUGCGCCUGGUGCGUCUCUACGGAGCGCCACAGCGUUUACUGGAACAGCACCAACUCAAACUUUCUCCGUGACGAUUACACGGUGCACGUGCAUAUCAACGACUACUUGGACAUCAUCUGCCCGCACUACAAGCAUGGCGAGAUCCCGUCCCAGCAGGCCGAGCGCUACGUCCUCUACAUGGUGGACUUGGAGGACUACGAGGUGUGCAAGCCGCACUCGUUCGAUCAGCUGCGCUGGGAGUGCUCCAGGCCGUUUGCUGUCCACGCGCCCGAGAAGUUCUCUGAAAAGUUUCAACGCUUCACACCUUUCACGCUGGGCAAGGAGUUCCGCCAAGGAGAGAGCUACUACUACAUCUCCAAGCCUCUGCACCAGCAUGGGAGCGACUGCCUGCGGCUAAAGGUCAGCGUCGUCGGACCUCAGGGUUCCAAAAACCACAAGAAGACGACAGAGAAAGAGGAGGCAGCAGAGGGAGGGAAGCAUGGACGAACAGGCUUAGGAGGAGCGCACAACCCAUCCAACAGGCUUCCGGCAGAUGACCCGGUUGCUAUGAUUCCAGUUGUUGAGAGGAGCGUAGGCAGCUCCGCCGUACACGUCACACCAGUCUCCUUCUUCGUCACGUUCCUUUCUGUCUUCCUCCUGCUCUUACACUGAGACGGGACCUUGUGGACAUGCUGAUGGAGUUUUUCCCGGCGCUGGAACACCGGAUCUGAAAGACACUUUUUUUUUUAUACUUAGAUUUCUUUUUAUAUGAUGUGCGUGCUGGUGUGUAAGAUGUUGAGUGGCGUGUUUGUGUUUGUGCGAGUGACUUGAAAGGGAUUUGCUACGUACUCUUUGUUUUUAAAGAGGAACAUUACCUAACAGAUUUUCCCUUUUCAAUUUUUUUUCCACUUUACUCUGUAUAGUCUGUGUGAAACGCACAGACUGGAUGUUUUUCUAUAAGCAGCAGCUUAUGGACCUGGAAUGUGUAUUGAAUUUGUUUUGAUUAGUGUCAUAUACAGUAUAUAUAUUUAACGUUCUCAAAAUCUGUGAACCAUCAGACUUGCUAGAUUUCUCAAAUAUGUCCUGCUGUUGGUCAGACUUCUGAGGAAACGACUCAUGCAUGCCAUGUAUGUGCAACCUGAGAUGUAGCUAUUGGCUAGUGUUUGGUCAAGUUUACUUUUUUUUUUGCCUCAAAGUCUACAGGGUGGUUUAUGUAAUGAAGCACUAUAUAAUUUGACAGACACUAAAUCUGUUUUACACAAGCAAACUGACAUAAAUGUACAUAAACUCACAUGCAGUUGUACCGUG